AUGGCGCGGCUGUGGAUGCUGGUGCUGCUGGGCGGCGCGCUGGCCCCGGGCAGCGCCUUCAACCUGGACGUGGAGCACCCGGCCGUCUACUCGGGCCCCGAGGGCAGCUACUUCGGCUUCGCCGUGGACUUCUUCGCUCCCGACCCAUCCUCGAUAUUUCUUCUGGUGGGAGCUCCAAAAGCAAACACUACCCAGCACAACAUCGUAGAAGGAGGCCAGGUGCUCAAAUGUAACUGGGAUUCCAACAGAAAUUGCCAGCCCAUCAUAUUUGACUCCACAGGCAACAGAGAUUUUGCUCCUGAUGAUCCACUGGAAUUUAAGUCUCAUCAGUGGUUUGGAGCCUCUGUGAGAUCCAAAAACGAUAAAAUUCUGGCCUGUGCCCCAUUAUACCACUGGAGGACUGAAACAAAACAGGAGAGAGAGCCUGUAGGAACUUGUUACCUGCUUGCCGGAUCUAAAUCUGUGGAAUAUGCACCCUGCAGGUCAACCACUAUCGAUGCAGAUGGACAGGGUUUUUGUCAAGGUGGAUUUAGUAUUGACUUUACAAAGGGAGACAGAGUGCUACUUGGAGGACCUGGAAGUUUUUACUGGCAAGGCCAACUUAUUUCUGAUCGAGUGACAGAGAUUGUGGCUAAAUAUGACUCCAAAGUCUACAGUACAAAGUAUGAUGACCAGUUAGCAACCAGACCUGCCAGUGCUGCUUUUGAUGACAGCUACUUGGGUUAUUCGGUGGCUGUUGGAGACUUCAAUGGUGAUGGCAUAGAAGACUUUGUAUCAGGAGUCCCAAGAGCAGCAAGAACGCUGGGCAUGGUGUCUAUUUACAAUGGGAAAAACAUGUCUUCCAUGUACAACUUCACUGGAGAGCAGAUGGCGGCCUAUUUUGGGUAUUCGGUGGCUGCUGCAGAUAUCAAUGGGGACAAUUAUACAGAUUUGUUUAUUGGAGCCCCUCUUUUUAUGGAUCGAGGUUCUGAUGGAAAACUUCAAGAGGUCGGCCAAGUUUCCAUUUGCCUACAACGAGCCUCUGGAGGGUUUCAGAUCACAAAGCUGAAUGGUUUUGAGAUAUUUGCAAGAUUCAGCAGUUCUAUUGCACCUCUGGGGGAUCUAGAUCAGGAUGGCUUCAAUGAUAUUGCAGUCGCUGCGCCAUAUGGUGGAGAGGACAAGAGAGGACUUGUCUAUAUCUACAAUGGAAGAGCAAAUGGUUUGAAUGCAGUCCCAUCUCAAAUUCUUGAAGGGCAGUGGGCCGCUCGCACUAUGCCGCCCAGUUUUGGGUACUCGCUGAAAGGAGCUACGGAUGUGGACAAAAAUGGAUAUCCAGACUUGAUUGUUGGAGCCUUUGGUGUUGACACAGCUGUUCUGUAUAGGGCUAGACCAGUUAUUAGAGUAAAUGCUGCCCUGGAAGUUAAUCCAACCAUUCUAAACCCAGAAAACAAAGCCUGUUCACUGUCAGAUGUAAAAGUUUCUUGCUUCAAAGUAAAGUUCUGCUUAAAAGCGGAUGGGAAAGGAAAGCUCCCGAAUUCACUCAAUUUCCAAGUGGAGCUGCUGUUGGAUAAACUUAAGCAGAAAGGAGCUAUAAGGAGAGCUCUCUUUCUCCAUAGCAAACAGCCUAGCCACUCGAAGAACAUGACUAUUACAAAGGGGGGCAAAAUGAAUUGUGAAGAACUUGAUGCUUUUUUGAGGGAUGAAUCUGAAUUUAGAGACAAGCUAACUCCCAUUACUAUUUUUAUGGAAUAUCGUCUGGAUUACAGAACAGCUGCAGAUGCAACAGGAUUGCACCCUAUCCUCAACCAGUUCACUCCUGCUAAUAUGAGCAGACAGGCUCAUAUUCUGCUGGAUUGUGGUGAUGACAAUGUCUGCAAACCAAAGCUGGAGGUUUCAGUAGAAAGUGAUCAGAAGCAGAUCUAUAUUGGUGAUGACAAUCCCUUGACACUAAUUGUCAGUGCUCAGAAUCAAGGGGAAGGAGCCUAUGAAGCAGAACUCUUUGUCAUCGUUCCACCCCAAGCAGAUUUCAUUGGUGUUGUUCGUAACAACGAGGCUUUAGCAAGACUGUCGUGUGCAUUUAAAACAGAGAAUCAAACUCGCAUGGUAGUCUGUGACCUGGGAAAUCCCAUGAAAGCAGGAACUAAGCUAUUAGCUGGCCUGCGUUUCAGUGUGCACCAGCAGUCUGAAAUGGAUACCUCUGUGAAGUUUGACUUGCAAAUCCGAAGUUCCAACCUGUAUGACAAUCUAAGUCCAAUAGCUUUCUAUCAGGCUGACCUUGCUAUUUUAGCAGCUGUUGAAAUUAGAGGCGUGUCGUCUCCUGAUCACAUAUUCCUUCCUAUUGCAAAUUGGCAGCCGAAGGAGAAUCCAGAAACAGAAGAUGAUAUUGGGCCUCUAGUUCAGCAUAUCUAUGAGCUGAGAAACAACGGUCCAAGUGCAUUCAGCAAGGUGAUGAUGACUCUGCAGUGGCCUUACAAAUAUAAAAACUACACACUGUUGUAUAUUGUUCAGUAUGAAAUUGACGGUCCCAUGAACUGCACUUCUGAUAUGGAAAUCAAUCCACUGAAAAUUAAGAUUUCUGCUUCUAAAGAUGAUGAUAAGAAUGAAACACUUAGCAGGGAAGAUAAUCGCGAUCAUCAUAUCAGUCGAAGGGACAUAACUGCCAUUGAAGGAGAUGUGCAUACUUUGGGCUGUGGAACUGCUGAUUGUUUAAAGAUAGUCUGUCAAGUUGGCCACCUGGAAAGGGGAAAGAGCGCAAUAUUGUAUUUAAAAUCACGCCUUUGGACCCAAACUUUCAUGAACCAAGAAAAUCAGAAUCACUCCUAUUCUCUCAAAUCAUCUGCUUCUUUCAAUGUUAUAGAGUUCCCUUAUAAGAACCUUUCCUUUGAAGAUAUCCACAAUUCCACAGUAGUUACUACAAAUAUUACAUGGGGCAUUCAACCGCAGCCUAUGCCUGUGCCAGUGUGGGUUAUAAUUUUGGCUGUCCUAGCAGGAUUAUUGCUCUUGGCUGUUCUAGUGUUUGUUAUGUACAGGAUGGGCUUUUUCAAACGUGUGAGACCACCUCAGGAAGAACAGGAAAGAGAACAGCUGCAACCACAUGAGAAUGGGGAAGGAACAUCAGAAGCUUAAGCAGAGUUUUAUCUGUAAGACAUUCUGAAAUUUUACAAUGCCUACGAAUAUUGGUUUCCCCCUUAACGAAAAAACACUCAUGACUGCAAAGCUGCUGGUCUCGAAAGGUAUCAGCACGUACAAAAUAAGAGCAAUAUAUUUAAAUCCUCCUUUUUGUAUUAAUUAUGUUCAUAUAUGUGACUAAAGCAUCUGCACUGACUUGUGUGUGAAAAAAAUAAGUAAUAUGUAGUGCUAUGAUUUUGCUUAUUGGGACGUAGGAAACAUCUUUUUUGAUUCGUGGACCAACUUUACAUGAUUUGCUACACAGAUUCUGCAUUUGCUCUUGAAGCCAACAGCUUCCCAGCUUCCAUAGAUACUUGCUGGAUUACAUGUUUAGU